AUGGUGUUGAAGAGUCCCCGGCGAGGGAACAGCACCGAGUAUCACUACUGGGGAUACUCUUUUCACUGGACGGAUCUUCACCAGUCCGAGGAGCAGUUGCGGCCAAUGGUUUCUACCUAUGACAGUCUCGCAGAUCAUUGUGUACAGCAGUUGAACAAAAUUCCCACAGAGGGUGACACAGACCGGCCAUUUAAGAAAGAUCUAUACAAACUGCUCAAAGACCAUGCGGAUGAAGACCCCAAACUGAAGGAGCUAUGGGAGCAGGUUAACACCAUCCCAGAAUGGGUGGACUGGGAUCAGAUCCAACGAGGACAGGAUGUGUUCUUCCGAUACGGUCUCCCGAUCUUGAAUGUACUCGGCUUUGAGAGCCUACUUGGGGGAAUAGCCGAAUCGAACGGACCUGGGCUGAAUAUCCUCUUUCUAUCUCUCUCUAGGGGCGCGAUCCGAGUCGUUGAAACACUGGCACGAACGGGCGGUUUCGGUGCCAAAGUAGUCCGUCGCCGUCUUCUCGAAACGCUGCAGCAUAUCCUUCAGGUCAGCAGCUCGGCAGAUGGCAUGAGACCGGGUGGUGAGGGCAAUAUAUCCUGUGUUCGCGUGCGGCUCCUCCACUCUUCCGUCCGUCUGAAGAUUCUCAGCCUGGUCGAAGAGCAACCCAACUACUAUGAUGUCGCCAAAUACGGCACGCCGGUCAGCGAUCUCGACUGCAUUGGCACCAUCAACACCUUUUGCAGCUCUGUGGUUUGGCUCGGACUCCCGCGCCAGGGCAUCUACCUCAGUAAGCAGGAAAUUGAGGACUAUAUUGCCCUCUGGCGCCUCGUCGCAUACUACAUGGGAACCCCCACGGAGCCGUUUGAGAGUACGGCCAAGGCCCGAGCCAUGAUGGAAUCGCUGCUGAUUUCCGAGAUCGAUCCCACCGAGAUCGGAAAAGUGCUGGCGAAGAAUAUCAUCCUGGGCCUCGAGAAUACUGCUCCUGCGUACGCCUCGAAGGAAUUUAUGGAGGCGAUGAGUCGACUGCUCAACGGGGAUCAGCUGUCGGAUGAGCUCGAGAUCCCGCGACCUAGUCUGUAUUAUCGCAUGCUCAUCUGGGGCUAUUGUUUCUGGGUGAUGAUUGUGUCCUACAUCAUCCCCCGGAUUCACCCUCUGGAUCAGUUCAUGAUUGCGAUGCGUCGCAAAUAUUUCUACAAAAUGAUCACGGAUGAGAAGGUUGGCCUGGGAGGCGAAUCUCGAUUCGAAUUCAAAUAUGUGCCGACAUUAACGCGGACGACGCGCUUGGGACAGCGGCGUACCACGAAGUUCGAGAGACCCGGGGUCGAGAGCCUCGCCCGGUUGGGGCUAUUCACGGCUUUUAGUGUCGUUGCCACACUAGGUUUGGCGCUGGCAUUUGCCGCAAAUAUGCUUGCCUCUCCCCAGCUGCUCUCGGUGGUCCGAACUUGA